AUGCCCUAUCCGUUCCUGGAAGAGCAGACCACGUUUGAUCAUCGUUCGUCUCUUCUGUCGGGAAAACCCCCAGACCCGCCCCAGAUGGCCCAGCUCAACACUACGAGCACAGGUGCUCCUACAGUGUCAAACAGUGGUUCGAACAAUACCAAACUGGGACAGUCGCAGGACUUGACAGACACGCCAGAAAUAGAACCACUACUCAAUCUAUACUACCCUAUGGCCACUGCCAACCCGGACCCACAUCACUACGACAGGCCCUACACUUCGAGCGUCUUCUCAUUUUCAACCGCCUCACCAACUUCAAUGUAUGAUAUGGAUUUCUAUUCUUCCACGUUUGCCAGUCGUCCAGGCACUGGCAACCUUGUGGAGAGCCAAUCUCGUCCCUCGGCACCCAAUAAUAAUAUUCCUUCUCAAGUGCAGAUUCCCAAGGACCCCGUUACCUUUUACAGUACACUACUUGAGCUUAACCGCUUGCCUAAUACCCAAAACUUUACCAACCCUCCUCAGUCCAGUUCUAGUUCAGUAAUAAACCCAAUAAUCCACAACGGUCCAGACCGUUCAGUCGAUAAUUAUCAGCAUAGUUCCCUCAAUGUUCAACACAGAGGAAGCAAUGGCUGGGACUUUGCGCAGAUGGGAUUGCCAAAUGUGAAUACCAAUCUUAAUAUCAAUACCCAUGGCAGUAAUGAUUUUGAGGACGGGAGUCAUAGAGGCAGUAAUCAUGAUGAAUAUGAAGCAGAGGACGACGCCGAUGAUGAAGACGCUGAUAAUAGCGACCUUGAUCAACAUGGACACUUUUCACAUCAGAGACGGUUUUCGUCAUCUCGAACUUCAUCGUCAAGUGCUUUGGCAAUGCAGAUGUCAAACGGCUCUUACUCUAUUAACAACAACAAUAUAAAUAGUCGAAAGGUGUCAGAUUCGAGACUCUCGGCGCAAGGACUGGCUGAGGUUCUGAAUCUAAACUCGGCAGAAGAAGCCUUACGUCGAGAACGGUUUAUCUUGGACAUUUUCGAAAGAGAACUUCAUUACCCCUUAGGAUACAAAACAUGGGUGCGCGACACUUCAAAGGAGUACCGCACGCAAUUGCUGGAUCAGUUGUAUCACCGUGUUAUUCAAACGUAUCCCGAAUAUGAUAAACCCGUACUUGAGACUAUUAUCAGAAGGGCCACAUACUAUAUGAUGCAAAGCCGGCUCAGGAGAGAAAGGCGAGCCAAAGCCAAACAAAAAAGGGAUCAAGACAGAGGCGAUCGAGAUGCAAAAGAUGCAGGCAAUCAAAGUACCGAUAUGGGGUUCACGCAUCAGACGGGCAACACAGGUUCUGCUUUCAUGAUGUAA